UGAAACAUUCAUUUCUUACCCGAGAAGCAAAGCAGCAGCAAGACAGAUCUGUGAGGUUCUGAAAUGGAAAUGGAAAUGGGUUGUUGACCUAAUUUUGGUGGAGCUAAUCAAUUUCAAAGAAGGGGAUUUGAGGCAAGAAUACAGGAAUUGUAGCUACAGAAAUUUGGGGAUUUUCGGAGUGCAAAGGCAUGAGCGGUGAUUCAAUUGACUUGACUUAGCGCCUGCAGAAUGAGUUCGAUUGUGAACUGGUGAUUCUCAAGGCAUCUCUUCUCAAUCAAUUUGUUGUUGAUGUAUGGAGUUCUCGAUUUGCUAGUGGUCUUGAUAGCGAAUUAGGUCUGAGUUUUGGGGGUUCGAAGUUAAAUGAUGAUGAGUACUUGUUUAGUGGAUCUGUGGUUUAAAGUAUUGAAGGGUCCCUACUGUGAAUUUUGGUCCGAACAAGAAGAUUUUAACAGCAGCAACGUUCCAGCAUGCGAUGAAGUUGGCUGAAUAGGUUUGAUGUUAAUGGAAUGGAAGCUGGGGGUUUCUCGGUGGUUGAUUACUUGCAGUUUUGUUUCAAUUCGUACAAGGAGGUAAACGUGUAAGCUUCAAUCAAAGAAUGGAGAUGGAUUUUGACCUAAUUUGGUAUUGGCUAAUGGUGAUUUUUUGGGUAUUCUGAAAUGUAAAUGAAGAUGAAGUUUCAAGACUAAAAUUCACUGCAGAAAGGGGUCAACAACAUCAACGAAUUUGACGGUCUGUAUGCAGUCUCAAGUUGGAGUUAAUCGAAAGUUCUCGGUCUGAAUAAAUGUAGCGUCAACGGCGUGGUUGCUGAGAUGGUGCUACUAAUAUUUGCACUGGUACAACUAUUACAGAUGGGGUUCAGUUUGUGUGGUUGGAGUUUGAUUGAGAAGGCAAGAUUAAGGUCUUGGCGGUGAACAAGAAAGGAAGUUGUUGUUUCCAUGGUCAUGGCUGUGAACAAGGAGGUGCAGACUGUGGGCGGAGUUGGAUGCUAUGGCCUGACUUUGAAAGGGCCUGAAUUAAGAAAGUGGAGGCUGUGAUUGGACUGGGCUUUGGUGGUCACUGUCACCAAUACAAGAGAAGAACUAGAGUGCUAUUUAAGGAAGGAAUGAGGAGAAGAAAAGGGAGACGGUACCUUAGCUUGAAGAGCGCAACUGGAAUCUCUGGAAAAUAGGCAGAAAAGUAAGUAUUUCGCUGAGCUUUUGCAAGGUGAGUUUGAACUGAAUUCUGCAUUUUGUUAGCUUUCGAAAGAUCUACCUAGUGGUUAGGUAGAGAAUUGUUUAAAUCGUCUUGUUAGAGUUAACUCUUUAUACAUGACGGGAACAAAUGGUGAGGGUACGAACCCUCCGAUUAAAAGUUUGAGAGACUAUAUGUAUCCAACUAGAGUCUCUCAACUUUCUUGUAUUGUUUUGCCUACCACCACAGCAACCUGUGAGAUUAGAGCAAGCACCAUUCAAGCACUUCAUAAAUUUUAUGGCGAGGAGAAUGAAAAUCCUUACUACCACAUUAGAGAUUUUGGAGAAUUCUGUGGAACAAUGAAAUUCAAGGACUUAGCUGAUGAGUAUCUUAAACUUAGGUUGUUCCCUUUUUCCUUAAAGGAUAAGGCUAAAUCUUGGCUAAAUGCGUUAGCUCCUUCUUCAAUUAGUACCUGGAAUGACAUGACUAAUAUAUUCUUGCAUAAAUUCUUUCCUAGGCAUAAAACUACUGCCAUUCGUCAAAAACUAUAUAGUUUUUCGCAACAAGAAGGAGAAUCUCUUUAUGAUUAUUUAGAGAGGUUCCAUGAUCUCUUGUUACAAUGUCCACACCAUGGGUUUGACACUCCUAGGCUCAGGUUGAUCCUUUAUGAGGGAUUAGAUUACAAAACAUUGACUAUGGUAGAAUCACUUUGUGGUGGUAAUUUUCCCGAUAAAAGUGCUGAAGAAGGUUAUAAAUUUUUGCAUGAAGUAGCUAAAAAAAACCAAGAGUGGGAGGCUACAGAAACCAUAAGAUCAGUAACUAGUAGCAAUGGGGUUCACAAAGUUGACAAUGACUUUGAGGCCAAGUUCGCUGGUUUGACACGAAGACUUGAGUCGUUAGAAAGAAAGGCUAAAAUUAAGCCUGUUGAUUUUAUUACACAUCCAUCUUCUAUUCCUAGCGAUUUUUCUAACCAAAAUAUUCCUAGUUUGGAAGAAAGCAUGAGCUUUUUUGUGCAGGCUACUCAAAGAUAUAUGGCGAACUUAGAGCAUCAACUAGACCAGCUUGCUAGCCAACUGAAUGAGCGGGAGAAGGAUCAGAUCUCGCGUCAAAUCCCGCCCAACUCCAAGGGUCCUUUUGAGGUAAGCACAUCUGAUGCUAAGCCGACUCAUCAUGUCCAGGCCUACUCUACUCUAAGAAGUGGACGGAUCGUUGAUAACCAUGUUAGUGAUCAUGAGGAGAACAAGCAAGUUAGGAACCCGCCUGCCAUUACACAGGUUACUCCUUCAACACCAAAGGAAACGAAUGAAACCGAGAAAGGUAAAUCUGAAAUUUCUUAUGUUCCUGGCGCUCCUUUUCCUCAAGCAUUACUACCCCGUAAGAAAUGAGUUAGCUCCAGUGACAUCUUAGAAGUGUUUAAACAGGUUAAAGUUAACAUUCCUCUCUUAGAUGCCAUUAAACAAAUUCCUUCUUAUGCCAAGUUUCUAAGAGAUAUGUGCACUGUGAAACGAAAAUUGAAUGUACAUAAAAAAGCUUUCCUUACUGAACAGGUAAGCUCGAUUAUUACACAGAAAACUUCACCCAAAUUUAAAGAUCCAGGUUGUCCUACGAUUGCUUGCACUAUAGGAGAACAUAGAAUUGAACAUGCAUUGUUAGAUUUAGGGGCCAGUGUGAAUCUCUUGCCAUAUUCUGUGUAUGUGCAGUUAGAACUUGGUAAUUUGAAACCUAUUAAUGUUACCCUUCAAUUGGCUGAUAGGUCCACUAAAAUUCCUAGGGCAGUGGUAGAGGAUGUUCUUAUACAGGUUGAAGGUUUUAUUUAUCCCAUUGAUUUUAUUGUUUUGGAUACUCAACCUGUUUCUAAUCCUAGUGGGCACAUUCCUGUCAUCUUAGGUAGACAUUUCUUGGCUACCUCAAAUGCGGUUAUCAAUUGUCGGAAUGGGAUCAUGGAACUUAAUUUUGGAAAUAUGAAAAUGGAGAUAAACGUGUUUCACCUUUCAAGUUCAUCUUCGAUUUUUGAAACCUGUGAACUUGUAUGCAUGAUUGAUAGUGUGAAUGAUUAUACUUGCUGUUACAAUGAGAAUCUCAAAAAAAAUUCUGAAAACUUUGCAUAUCGUGUGGAGUUUAUUGAAACUGAAUUAUCGGAUAAUUGCUUAUCUUAUUUUGUCGAUUCUGACGAUCGUGUCUUAUACGAAACUUCCUCAUUGAAUCAUUCCUUCAUUGAUCCAUCUAGUAGUUCUCAGAAUGCUUGUAUGAGGAUUGAGUAUAUGGAUACUGGUCAAGUAAUUCACAAUGACAAAAUGGAACAGAAGUUUGUUUGUCUAGAUCUUGAUGCCAACUCCGAUUAUCUCAUGCUUGCUGAAAAUUUUAGUACAUUGCCGCUACUGAUCUCUAGUGAAAGUAAUGUGUCCGGUGGAGUUACUUUAACAUGCUUAGGGGAAAAUUUAUGGUAUAAUACAAGUGUUGACGUGUCUAAACAUCAUUUGCAUGUUAUGCUUAUAUCUGAGUUAUUUCACAUGACCAGAUGGGAGGGUUGGAAUUAUAGUCCUUUUAAUUGCAGGGUUGAUAUCAAUUUGUUUAUUACUGUGGGCUUUAAUCCUUAUUGUUGUAUGAUCCUCUUUUUAGUGGACUUUGUGUGUUGGGUUGAUCCCCAACUUUUCAGGCUUUACAUAUAUGCUGGCAGGUUGCUGUUAUGCAUCAAUCUUCACUUUGUUUGAGACUACUUGUUGCGCGCAAGCAGGGAACAAAUAUCGUUCGCUUCGUGGAAGUCAACCCAUCAGUUUUGUUCCCUUCACUCUAUCUUCUAUUUUCAUUUGCCUUAGAGUUUUCCACCUUAACUCUACGUUGGAUGACUCAAUUACAUUGAGGACAAUGUAAAGUUCAAGUAUGGGGGAGUGCUUAAGUAUGUAUAGAUUUUUGGUAGGCAUUUAAUUUCGUUAUGAAUUUUCUUCAAAAAAAAAAAAAAAAAAAAGUAUAAAGAAAAAAGGGAUCAAUUUUGUGAAGACAUGACCAUAUGUUGAGCGGGUCUUAAAAAUUUUUCUUUUGUAUAACAUGACCAGCUGUUGAGCGGGUCAUUCUGAUUAUCAGUCUCGCUGUUUAGCAGACUUCUUUAAGCCACUAUUUAGUGGUUUAUCUUGUUGUUUAGCAGACAUCUCCCCAUCUCCUAUUUUAUCCAGUUGUUGAGCGGAUACCCCUAAACAUUCAUUUCUCACCCGAGAAGCAAAGCAGCAGCAAGACAGAUCUGUGAGGUUCUGAAAUGGAAAUGAAAAUGGGUUGUUGACCUAAUUUUGGUGGAGCUAAUCAAUUUCAAAGAAGUGGAUUUGAGGCAAGAAUACAGGAAUUGUAGCUACAAAAAUUUGGGGAUUUUCGGAGUGCAAAGGCAUGAGCGGUGAUUCAAUUGACUUGACUUAGCGCCUGCAGAAUGAGUUCGAUUGUGAACUGGUGAUGCUCAAGGCAUCUCUUCUCAAUCAAUUUGUUGUUGAUGUAUGGGGUUCUCGAUUUUCUAGUGGUCUUGAUAGUGAAUUAGGUCUGAGUUUUGGGGGUUCGAAGUUAAAUGAUGAUGAGUACUUGUUUAGUGGAUCUGUGGUUUAAAGUAUUGAAGGGUCCUUACUGUGAAUUUUGGUCCGAACAAGAAGAGUUUAACAGCAGCAACGUUACAGCAGGCGAUGAAGUUGGCUGAAUAGGUUUGAUGUUAAUGGAAUGGAAGCUGGGGGUUUCUCGGUGGUUGAUUACUUGCAGUUUUGUUUCAAUUCGUACAAGGAGGUAAACAUGUAAGCUUCAAUCAAAGAAUGGAGAUGGAUUUUGACCUAACUUGGUAUUGCCUAAUGAUGAUUUUUUGGGUAUUCUGAAAUGUAAAUGAAGAUGAAGUUUCAAGACUAAAAUUCACUGCAGAAAGGGGUCAACAAUAUCAACGAAUUUGAGGGUCUGUAUGCAGUCUCAAGAUGGAGUUAAUCGAAAGUUCUCGGUCUGAAUAAAUGCAGCGUCAACGGCGUGGUUGCUGAGAUGGUGCUUUGCACUGGUACAACUAUUACAGAUGGGGUUCAGUUUGUGUGGUUGGAGUUUGAUUGAGAAGGCAAGAUUAAGGUCUUGGCGGUGAACAAGAAAGGAAGGUGUUGUUGCCAUGGUCAUGGCUGUGAACAAGGAGGUGCAGACUGUGGCCGGAGUUGGAUGUUAUGGCCUGACUUUGAAAGGGCCUGAAUUAAGAAAGUGGAGGCUGUGAUUGGACUGGGCUUUGGUGGUCGCUGUCACCAAUACAAGAGAAGAACUAAAGUGCUAUUUAAGGAGGAAUGAGGAGAAGAAAAGGGAGACGGUAAUCAGGGAAGAAACUAGGUUUUGCUAUUUUGCUUUCUGCAAUUCAUAUGCUUUACUUGUUAUUAUCUAUAUUAUUUUUGAGGGCUUUUAUAGCUAAACUCCUUAUUAGGGUGAAAGAUGAACUUGUAGGUUGAAUUUACUUGUGUUCUCAAACAAUGGUUUCAAAAAAAAAAGGUUAACGUAAUGUUUGUGUUUCUCAAAA